AUGGAGGUCCUGAAAUCAAAAUUCCGGCUGACAAGUCCGUGGACGCAGAAUUUUAUCUCUGGUAUUAUUCUCUUCCUGACAGUGGGAAUCUACUUGGCAGUCAUCGGUCUCGGCGCAGGAGGUGGAAAGCCAAGCUCGGCUCACGUGGCAACAAUCACCUACACUUCCAUCUACGCUGUCUUCGCCGUUACUGGUUUCUUCGGUGGUAGUAUCAUGAAUACAAUCGGGCCGAGACGGACAAUGACGAGGCAGAUAAGGGAACAUACAUCGCGUGGCAGCUUUUUUUGCUCGCUGUCGGAUCAACCGUCGGCGCACUUGUGGCCUUACGGAAUCAGCAUCAACGAAACCGGCCUGACCGGUGUCCCAACAUCAGUUUAUCUGACAUUCAUCAUCAUUAUGUCUUCCGCUAUUAUUCUAUCCCUUCUAGCAAUUCAAUCGCCGCAGAACAUCGUCCGAGAUGACGGGACUCACCUAGCAAUCUUCGAGGCUACCGACAUUAGAACAGAGGUCAAAGGAUGUAUUAUGUUGAUGAAGGACUGGAAAAUUGUCGCUCUGAUUGUGCCGAUGAUAGCGACGGAGAUGUCGUCGGCCUUGAUUCCAACACUCAGCGCGUAUGCCUUCAACCUGAGAACGCGGUCUUUAAAUAGCGUUAUCUUCUGGGCCGUCCAGAUUCCGUCAACCUUUCUCUACAGCUUGGUAUUGGACAACAAUCGCUUUUCAAGACGUGUCCGGGGCAUCAUGGCACUCACCAUUGCGGCUUCAGUAGUUGUUGUUAGCUGGGCUCUAGCUCUCAAAAUCCAAGUUCAGCAUCAACUACGGCGAGAUCUACCUUCUCCAGACUGGGACUGGACGGAUUCUCAAUAUGGAGAAUUUAGCGCCAUGCUAAUCUUCACCGGUAUUGCCUAUGCCAUCGAUCAAAUGAUUGUAAUGUGGGUGAUCAGUGCCUUCAGCAAUGAACCCCGGCUUCUUGCGAGGUAUGGGGGAUUUUUCAAAGGCAUGUUGAGCGCUGGAUUGUGCAUUGCCUUUGGACUGGAGUCAGGGGGAGUUUCCUAUCUGAAUCAAACAAUUAUCCAGUCCACGUUGACGGUUGUCUCAUUUCCGAUCAUGUAUUUCCUCGUGAUAAAGUGUGUGAAAGAGACAAACUACUUCACCGAGGCCACCGUGAUCCCACCGGAAUAUACCGGCAUUCAGAAAUCUCAGGCAUCAGCCCAGGAGACUGAACUCGGAAAGUCAUUCUAG